UCGCCGCCCCUUCCGCGGCAGGAGCCAGCGGAGCCGCCGAGUCUCAGCGGCGGGGCCGGGCUACGGGACACCGCCGCCGGGUGCAGCCGCAGCAGCAGCCGCCGCCGCGCCUCAUGAGCCUGCCCUAGGGCGGCGGGCGGAGGAUGCUGCCGCGGGCAGGGCAGCUGCUCCGGAGCGCCAGGGGGAGAUGGCAGCAGCCCCUGGCCGCCGCCGCCAGAAGCGGCCGCUCCCUGCCGGCUCCCCAGAUGCUGCAUCUGAAGCAAACUGGAAAUCUGAAGCACCAUAAAGCAGCAUGCUAUAGCACACUGGUGCCAUCUGAUGAAGUAACGGUCAGUUACAGAUAUGGCCUUCCUGUGGUAACCCUUAUGUUACCCUCAAGAAAAGAGCGCUGUCAGUUUACCAUCAAGCCAAUGUUAACAAGGGUGGGGACCUUCCUGCAAGAUAUACAGAAAGAAGAUAAAGGAAUCGAGAGGGCAGAAGUCUUUACAACAGAUGGUAGCAAGAUCCCUUCUACAGCAUUGAUGGAAAUUUUGUUGAUGAAUGACUUCAAACUUGUAAUCAACAACACAACUUACAGUGUACAAGUCCCUGUAAAAGAGAAUUGGAGUAGAGAGCAUGCUACUGAAGCAGAAGAUAUUAAAUCCUUGGUUCAUAGACUGUUCAUCGCCCUUCAUUUAGAAGACCACCAGUUAAGGAGAGAGAGAGAACUGCUUCAGAAACUGGACCACCUAAGGGAACAGCUGGUACCCUUUGAGCAGAUGAAAGCCAAAAUUGCAACAAGUGCAGAUGCAAAGACCAAUAGGCUCCUAUGGACUGGCUUAGCACUACUGUCCACUCAAGGUGGAGCCUUGGCCUGGCUCACGUGGUGGGUCUAUUCAUGGGAUAUAAUGGAGCCAGUGACAUAUUUUAUCACUUACGGGAGUGCCCUGGCAUUCUAUGCUUACUUUGUACUCACUAAACAGGAUUAUGUUUACCCAGAUGUUAAAGACAGGCAAUUUCUCCACUACUUCUACCGAAAAUCCAGAAGCCAACAUUUUGAUGUGGAACAGUAUAACAAGCUAAAAGAGGCACUAGCAGAGGUUGAAGAGUCCCUGAGACGCCUGCAUCAGCCCCUACAUCUGCAACUUCCAAUACAGGAAAUUAAUGACAAAGUCUAAUUUUUUUCAUAAUUGAACUGUCGUUUGCAAAACCGAUUACACUAUUUAGUUUCUGUGUUGCAAACUGAAUAUUUUUGACCACUAUAGUUCUGAACAUUACUAGAAAUGUUGAUUAAAACUAUUAUAUCAUUAGAUUUUUAAAAAAUAAUUCCUGAAAUAAAGAAAUCUUUCAAAAUAUGCAUUCAGAUCUUGUAAUAAAAUUGUCUGUCCGUUUUAGUAAAUUGAUGUGGGCAUAAGAGUCACUGGUGUUGUAGUGUACUGAUGCAUUUUACUAUUUUUAUGGGACUAUUAACAGCAGAGGAAUAGCUCAAAAAAUGUGAUAUGUCAUGGAAAGAUUUCUGGUAUUUAUGGUCAAAUGUAUUUUUAUACUUUAACAGGUCUCCUGUCUAAAGUUCCAAUUCAAGAAAGUCCAUGUUUAAAGUUGGGCAUGUGUAUAAGUGCUUUCCUGAACAGAGAUGAACUUUAAAUCAUGUGGUUAAGUAAUCUUGAAUCAGAGCCAAAAAGAUGGUCCUCAUUUUGUGAUACUAACUCUAUUUAUAUACUUCUGCAGCAUCUUCCAACCAGAACCUCUUGCCACUUAUGAAAGUGGAUAAGUAUUAUCCACAUUUUACAGAUGGGGAAACUAAACCGUAUAGAUGUUUAAAUGAGUUGCUUAAGGCCCCAAAUUGAGGGAAUCCCUGACCCAGGCUUAAGGAAACCAUUUCUUGGAUCUCUCUCCAUGGCUCUAACUUCUGGCAGUGGUGGUGUCUUAACUGACAAAAUCAGAGCACAGAAACCUUGAACCACAGACUAAGACCCUCUGCAUUAUUUGAUUUUAAGUUACACAGCAAGAAUUAAUUUUUAGAAAGAUACCUAUUAGAAUGAAUAUACAGGGUUAGUUUACAACUAAUAUCAAAUGGUAGGGGAGGAGGGGAAGGGAUGGCUGGCUCAGUUUCAUUUUAGAGAAAUACAUUUGUUAGAUACUUUGAUCAUUUAUCCUAAUCAAGUUGUAUGCGAUUUUUAUAUACUGAAUGAAUAAAAUUAAUGAUAAAACUA